AUGAAGAAUGAGGAACGUGAUGACUACGGCUAUGAUACAUCCCCCGUUCAUCGUGCUCCAGCCCAUGAACAAGUUUUACCAUCACGAUCAGCAGCAGCAGCAGCAGCAGCAGCAGCAGCAGCAGCAGCAGCAGAAGCAGCAGCAACAACAGAGAUGCGUCCCUUCUCCUUCCUGGCCCUCGUGGCCAUCGUCAUCGCCACCUUUGUGGCCGCUACCCAAGUCUCGGCUGCGCCGCCUCCGAUCCCGCCGCCUUCUCCCACCGUUGUCGCCGCCUCUUCCUCUGGCCCCUCGUCCGCCAUCGCCUCCGUCUCCACCAUCGCCCCCGCCACCACCACUCCGCACGACGAGAGCCUGCUCUCCGCCAUUCACGUUGGCACCGAGAUCCUCCGUGCUUGUCCGACCUGCCAAGCCUGCCCAACCUGCCCGACGUGCCCAUCCUGCCCAUCCUGCCCAUCCUGCCCAUCCUGCCCGACGUGCCCGACCUGCCCAGAGUCUCCCACAGCUUAUGCUGUGGCCCAAUUCGUCAGUGUCGCCUUCGCCAUCAGCAUGGGUGCCUGCUUGAUAGCAUUCUGGUUUGGUCACCGGGGCGGAAACCACCAGGGCUAUGCCGAAGGCCUCGCCAAGGGCUCUAUGUCCAAGGGCCAGGCAGCACCAGCACCAGCGCCAGCGCCAGCAACAGCAACAGCAGCACAAGAGUCGCCUGUUCCCGAGAACGAGGGCCAGGUCAGGGACAACGGCAAAGGCAAGGGCAAGGACAUGGGCAAUCCUAAGGCCAUGACCAGUGACAGUGGCAGCGGCAGUAGCAUUCCUGUCUGGACCGGGGCCCCGGGCAGCGGUGGCACUGGCCAAUCUUCAGGCUUCGAGCGAGGUCAGUCGUCGGGCGUGUCUCGGAGAGGCCAUGCAUCAGAGCCUUCUGUGUUGUGUUAA